AUGACAAAAGAUUGCAUUAAUUUAUAUGAAGCUGAGAAAUGCAAACUUAGAUGGAUUUUUGAGUCAUCGGCUUCAAGAAUUUGUCUUACCUCUGAUUUGUGGACUUCCAUCCAAAAUCUUGGUUAUAUGUGUCUUACGGCACAUUAUAUUGAUAAAGAUUGGAGGUUACAAAAAAAAAUUAUUAAUUUUCGUGUGGUUCCAACUCCACAUAAUGGUGACAUCAUUGCACAAGCUGUUGAAGGUUGUUUGUUGGAGUGGGGAAUUGAUCAACUUUGCACGUUAACUAUUGACAAUGCAAGUUGUAAUGAUACGGUAGUUUCAACUUUGAAGAGGAAGUUCAAUAAGCGCAAUGGGCUGUUAUUGGAGGGUAAGAUGUUUCAUAUAAGGUGUUUUGCACACAUCUUGAAUUUGAUAAUGAAGGAUGGAAUUGAUGAGGUGAGUAGUUCCAUCAUUAAGAUUCGUGAAGCAGUGAAGUAUGUUAGGAAUUCUCCUUCUCGUUAUCAAUGUUUCAAGAAGUGUGCUGAGGUGGAGAAGAUCACAUCUAAAAGAACAGUGUGUUUGGAUGUUCCAACACGAUGGAAUUCAACAUAUUUAAUGCUUGGUGCAGCACUUGAGUAUCAAAAAGCCUUUGAGCGGUUAGAGGAGAAAGAUUUAACUUUUGCAAACGGUGCUCCAUUUGAAGAGAAUUGGUUGAAGGAAAAGAACUUACACAAGUUCUUGGAGCACUUUUACAUUAUCACAAAUCGUGUAUCGGGGUCCAAAUAUGUCACCUCUAACACCUAUUUUCAAGAAGUGACUGGAAUUCAAACUUUGCUACAAAAGUGGUCAAGAAAUGAAAAUGUUUUCUUUAGCAAUAUGGGAUAA